AUGACCUGGAAAGCGGGAAUGAAAGAGAGAGUACUAAGACAGCAUAUCGAAGGUUGUAUCGACCAGGUCCAGGAAUAUGUUGACCUCGAAUCGGCUCAAGCAAUUUCCUCUUUUGAAAGCAAAGCUGUGGAUCACUUUCGGUGUCUUGAUGGGUUAAAAGCCCAAUACAAUACUAGGGAGGACAAGAUUAGUGAGUUUAAACGCCUGCAGUCUGAAUAUGCUACAAAGGUUGACGGUCUAGAGAAAUCUAUUGAACAUUUUGAAAAACUCUCGGAAGAGAUUGAGGAGUUUCUGGUGGAAUUAGAAGUCAAAACAAAGCUGGCCUCUAAGAGACAGUCUUAA